UCCAACUACAUCUCUCUCUUUAUGUGUGUUACUCUCUUUCCAGGGUCACUCCGUAGUAGCCAAAAGUUAAUUCUAACCCUGGAGUGGAAACCCAAGGCCUGAGCCAUGGAGAAUUAUUACCAGAUCUUGGGUGUGCCGAAAACCGCAUCCCAGGAUGAUAUAAAGAAAGCGUACAGAAAACAAGCAUUAAAGUGGCAUCCAGACAAAAACCCAGGCAACAAAGAAGAUGCAGAGAAAAAGUUCAAAGAGAUCUCAGCGGCAUAUGAAGUUCUGUCAGAUGAAGGGAAACGUAGGUGCUAUGAUAUGUAUGGUAAAGAAGGCAUAUCGGGUAGAGGAGGCCAUUAUGAUAAUGACGAUUUCAUGGGUGGAUUUACAUUCCGUAAUCCAGAAGAUGUCUUCAGGGAAUUCUUUGGAGGCAGAGAUCCAUUUGCAGAGUUCUUUGCUGAUGAUCCUUUUGAAGAUUUCUUUGAUGGUGGGCACCGUCAUAGGGGUGUGAACAGGAGCAGGACGGCUGGUUCAUUAUUUUCUGGUUUCUCUCCAUUUGCUGGGUUGGACCCAGGUUUCACCUCGUUUGACCCGAUGAGUGGGGAUGGUUUCAACUCGUUCUCCUCCCCUCAAUUUGGGGUUGGAGGAGGAAUGGGAAACUUCCGCUCCGUCUCCACAUCCACCAAAUUUGUCAACGGAAGGAGGAUUACAACGAAACGCUUUGUCAAGAAUGGUGAAGAGAGGGUGGAAGUAGAGGAAGAUGGCAUGCUCAAAUCUCUCACAGUCAAUGGUAUUCCUGAUGACAAUGCAUUGGAGAAAUGCCGCAGAAAGAAUGCCCUCUCUGGCACUGCACCACACAACCGUUACCUAAGAAAUGUGCCCCAAAACGCUGUGGAGGAGGAAGAAGAGAUAGGCCUGCAGAAUCUGGGACUUGCCAAAGGUUUUUUUGACACCAGGAGAAAGAAACUCUUGCUGAAGGAGGCAGACACCAAAAAGAAACGGGUGGCAAGAGUGGCUCCUCGGAUUGGGGUGUGGUUCUAAGAAUUUGCCUACAUGUUUCUUGUGCUAUCCUCAUGGUUCACUUUCAAAACACAGAAGUAAUAUGAAGACUUACCUGUUAAAUACUCUCACAUAGGCUCAAAUUAUUCCUCUCUUGAAAUAGCACACAUAGAAAGUUUCUUUCUCUAAGUUCUGCUUUGACUUACACAUACAUUAAUUUAAUACAAGUUCUAUUAUUACUACAGCAGUGUACAAAAUCUGGAUGUCUAAUUAUACAACUUAAAUUUAACAAUAUCAGAGUAGCAUGUGAAUGCACCAUAAUGCAACAAGUCCAGCUACAUUUCAGUGACAGCGAUCUUUACUCCCCAAUAAUAUAUCAAAGUUGGCUACCUUCUUGCAGCUAUUAUCUUGCAUAUCAAAUGUCAUUUCACUACCUAGGUGUAUAAAAAAUGCAAUCACACUUUGUUUGUUCUUAUUUUAUAUGUGGUUUUUAAGCAUUGUUUUAGGACAUUCCCCUUCAUUGUUGUGGUAUUGAAAAUAGGCCAUUCUAGAUGGAACAAAACCUUAAUGCCCAAACACAACACUCAUAGAAAAAUUAUGCCCAAAUGAAAUAUAUUUGUUUUAAACAGAUAUCUCUAUAAUUAUGUAAAAAUACAUGUACUAUGUAAAAGUUAAGUCUGAUUUCAGUACUUUCAUAUAUUUUUAUAUGGAAAAUAAUUCAUUAUAAACAUGUAAGCAAGGCACUUUAAAGUUUGUUUGAUAUUAAUUUUGUACAUUAUGCAUUUUGCAAUAAAUGGUAGAAUACAAACUAAGGAUUGACAUGAAAUGAAAAAAUGCUUGAAAGCAUAACCAUGGGCGUGACAAAUAAGAAACAGUUUAAAAGAAAGGAUAUUGAGAAAACAGAACAUAACAAUAGUAGGGUACAAAGAUGGGAAAGCGAGAAGGACAAGGGAGAAAAAAGGGAAAGAGAUUUUUGAAUUAUUUAUUCACCAAUGUGAGAGAACAUGUUUUCACCACUCUGUUUUUGAUCCAGUCUGAAGCACUGUAUCAAUAUUUUAGAGAAUACUCCAAAUGUGGCAUGUCCCUUCAGAACUGGAAGCAUGGCAUAAAUUUAAUUCCAACUACUGCAUGUAUGUUUUUAUUAAAGUUUUUGUUAAUGUGAAACAGAGACCCAGGUAUGUCAGAGAUGAAGAGAUACAUGGGCACAUUUUAGUAAUAUUAUUAUACAACAGUUAGUUCCGGUCAUCGCUACUGGAAUGCUUCCCUGUUUCUAUCACUCCGUUUCUGUGUUCACAGCUUUCCAAAUAGUGGAGGUGAUUUUUAAUCAUCGUUCAUUUUGUUUUUAUUCACCUAUUAUUUCAGUGACAACCUGCUGUUGCAAACAUGUUAUGUGCAGUCUGCAGAAACACUACCAUACUACUCUUACUAUUUCUCCCAUAGAUAUGGCAGAAGUAGUAUGAGUUGUAUGGGUAAAGUAUAGUUCACCCAAGAUCCAGAUUGGACAGUCUGCAAUUCAGAACUCAACUCUUUUCUGCACAAAACAUGUUUAUGACAGCGGUGGUGUAGUGUAUUUUAUGCUGUGAGUGAGUCAUUGAGUAACUUGUGAAAAAGGUGAGUUCACCCAAAAAUGAAAAUUCUCUCAUCAUUUACACACCCUCAUGCCAUCCCAAUGUGUACAACUUUCUUUUUACAUUUGAAGAAAAAUAUCUUAUCUCAUUAGGUCCUUAAAAUACAAGUGGAUGGUGAUACGAAUUUUGAAGCUCCAAAAAUCACAGACAGUCAGCAUAAACGUCAUCGAUAUGACUCCAGUGGUUAAAUAAAUGUAUUCUAAAGCAACAUGAUCACUUUUGGUGUGAAAAAGAUUGAAGUACUUUUUAACUAUAAUCCAUCACUUCUGGUCAGUAGCGGUAUGCAUGUGUGACGUAACUGCAUUGGCACGUGAGACACACAAGAACUGAUGUACAUGUGACACACCCAGAAGAGCAGCGCUGUUUAUAACUGAGGAGGAGGAAUGCUGUACAGAAGCUCCAUUAGUUUUGGUUUAUUAUCUGUAUUUGGAUCUGUUUCUUUAUUCACAAUAGUACAUGAACUUGGCGCACUUGUGAAGUUUACCAAAAACGAUGGUCUAUAGUUAAAAAGUACUUAAAUAUUUAUCUUUUUCGCACCAAAGGGAUCGUAUCACUUUAGAAGACAUUAAUUUAACUGCUGGAGUCAUAUAGAUGAUGUUUAUGCUGACUGUCUAUUCUUUUUGGAGCUUCAAAAAUCUGAUCACCAUCCACUUGCAUUUUAAGGAACUACUGAGCUGGUUUUUCUUCAAAUGUGUUCUGCAGAAGAAAGAAAGUCAAAUUCACCUGGAAUAUUAUGAGGGUGAGUAAAUUAUUAGAGAAUUAAAAUUUGUAUGUGAACAAUCCCUUUAAACAACACUAAGUGUUUAACAGACAUACCAAUAAUAGUGAAGCCAUGCUUGAUGCUUUGGGGUCUUAUGAAAAUGUUUUUGUUGGUGGAGAAUAAAUGCACAAACUAACUGGCCAAUUUAAGUUAUCAGAGGUUAAUGUAAGUUAUGCACUAUUGUUUACUACACUUGUUUGUAUAAAGCAAUGGUGAAAAAGCAAUAUCUUACUCUAUUACAAUAUGUCUACUAGAUCUUAACACAGCUGUGAUUAUCUGCACGAGGCCUCACAGCCAUGCUGCUGAUACAGAACAAAAGCCCUUGCUUGUGUACUAUUGGAUAAAAUUAUUCUACUGUGAUGUGUUAUAGUCAGUUUUUGCUGUUUGUUGAUACAUACUUAUGCUGCCAAUUGAUAUUGUGAAUUAAGGCAGUUUUAAUCAAAUACUCUUAUUUUCAAAGUCAGAUUUAUUUAAACACAUACCAAUAAAGCUUAACUAAA